UUGCAAAAAAAUCUUAGUGUUAAAUGUUUAUUAUUUGUGUGUGGUUAGAAAGGUAAAAUAAACCAAUAAUCGAAUGUAUCUCGUCAAAAAUGUUUCUCAUAAAAACUAUAAGAAACCAAUUUAAUCUCUCUUUGGUCUACCAGCAGCUUCACCAGUCAAUGGAGCCCAAUUGAAAAAGUAGAUAUCUCUCUUUUCUUCCAAAGGUCUACAAUAAAGAAUGUUUUCUUCAUUCAAAUUCUUCAAAGUUUCUGGUUGACCAAUUGCGUUCUUGACAGUUGUAAUGACAGCCAAGGAGAAGAAACAUGAAAGACCGAACAAACCAGCUUGCUUGAGUGUAGUUGGGACAGGAUGGUACACGUGCUUCUAUAAACCCAUGUCCCAAACCGAAGAAAACUCAGGAGGACCUUCCACCAAUCAACAACCAGCCGAAACUGCCAUAAAAUUAGAAGAAUCCUCAUCGAUAGAAUCCAUUCUGCAUUCCGAUAAGAAAAUUACAGAUAGAGAAUACAUUGGCAAGUUGGAGAGGGCUCGACUGACGAAAAUGAUCAUUCCUGGAGAGUCAAUUUUCGAGGAGGAGGACCAACAUGAUUUCACUAACUAUUCAGGAGAGGAUUAUUCAAUGAAUGGAAUGGAAGGAUAUGAGGAAUUGCCAGAACAUAAUAUUUCAUUGGUACUGGAGAAGAAUUCAAAGAGGAAAUUGGAUUUCAUUCCAUCCACUUCAUUCAAACAAGUUCCACAACAGCAGCAACAACAACAACAAUCGAAAAAGAAUGACUUGUCUCAUCAGGAAGAAUCUGAUGAUGGAGGAAUUGAUUUGGAUAAAUUCUUGCAAAAGGAUCAGGAAAUUAAAGAAUUGGAAUUUGAGAAGAAUCUCAAAGAAAAGUAUCCAUUCAAUAGUUUCUAG